AUGGACGGCUGAGCCAGCCAAUGGGCGCGGCAGAUGCUGGCAGCGCCCCCGCGCUGUUGCGGAACCGUGUGUGCUGGCCCCGCUCCCCGCACGGACGCCACUUUGCCCGGACCCCGGCGUGGUGCCUUCCCUAAAGGCGUCCCCCCUCCGGCAUCGUGCCGCUAUGGCUGACGGCAGGGUGCCGCUGCGGCCUCUGCUCGUCACCGUCAACGCCCUGCUGCAGCAGCGCCGCUACCACGCCGCGCUCGCCGUCCUCAAGGGCUUCCGCAACGGCGCCGUAUAUGGAGCAAAAAUUCGUGCACCACAUGCCCUGGUGAUGACUUUUCUAUUCAAGAAUGGAAGUUUAAGAGAGAAGUUGAAAUCGAUUGCUGAGGCCACGUACACUCAUUCCCGGAACUUGGCUUAUUUCGUGUUCACCUACAAGGGUCUGAUGGCGUUGCAGUCCCGCCUACAGGGGAAAAAAAUUCCAUUUCAUUCUUUCUUUGCAGCCUGCAUUGGAGGUUGGCUAGUAUUUGGUGAGAACAACCCCAUUAAUAGCCAGAUUAUCAUGUACCUGCUGUCUCGUAUGCUGUUUGGCUUGUCUCGAUUGGCAGUGGAAAAGGGCUAUGUCCCACAGCCGAAGCAGGAUCCCUUCCCACUUGUCGCUGCUCUGAUAUGGGGGACAGUUCUCUGGCUAUUUGAAUAUCACCGGCAAACUCUGCAACCUUCUCUGCAGUCCUCCAUGACAUAUCUGUAUGAUGAUAGUAACGUAUGGCAUGACAUUUCUGACUUUCUCAUUUAUAACAAAAGGAGUACAAGCAAGUAGUUGGUUCAUCGUGGAGCACCUUUGAAUGGGAUGGUACAUUCCAACCGUUAAGGAAAAAGGUUAUUCUGGUGCUCUUUACUGAUGAACUUUUUAAAUUAGCCUCUAUCCGGUAGAGUUGCCUCUUGGGUCUUUGCCAAACUGUUCUGAUUAGUUUGGUCUUCUGUUGGCUCCGUUUAGAGCACAUAAACGUCCCACAGAAACUUGUCGCAGUGCCUCAGUGGGAGUACAAUGCUUUAGGAAACUUCAGUUAAAAUAAGUCUAUUUUUUUUUUAGGGACCUCUUUUUUCCUACAGCUACGUAUUUUUUUAAGAAACUGAAUAUGAAAACCUGACAGUAAGUGGGGAAAAUAUUUCUCUAAUCAUUAAAACAAAAUGUUUUAGGAAUUUUCUUAAUGCUUGCAAGUUGGAAGUAUUUUUCUUUGCCUCUGUGCUCGCUGAAAUGGGAACAUGGAAGUGGGGGGGCCUGCUCAGUUCUGAAAGCAAGAGCAUAAUUUAUUGAUUUCUGUGAAAUACCAGAAAUCCAGUCUAAAUGGCUGCAAGGACAGGUGUGUGCUCCUUAAGAGAGCUUCUGCAGUUUUCCCUCAGGGAGACAAGAAGACAUUUGAGUGUAAAACUGUUAAGAUUCUUUGGUACAAGUCUGGUAAAUCAGAUUUGGAAGGACUGUUUUUGCUCGGUUUCUCUCAUGCACUUGGACUGAAUCUGUCCUACAAAGUCUACUAAUUUAUAUUGUGUAACUUAUAAAACUUACUAUUUUUAAAUGUUGCUUGAACUAAAUGCCAAAAAUAAAUGGAUAAGCAACUUAAACUCCUUAGAAGACAGACUGAGAUGCAUUGCAUGCUCUCAGAUACCACACUGGGUGCUUUAUAUGUAGCAAAGAUCUACAGUUUUAAUUAGCACUUUUAUUUUGGUGGGAGAUAAGCACAUAGUUUUGUCUUAGGUCCAGCAUCUACGCUCCACAGCACUAGCGCUUGUUAGCGGCAGUCAGACUUAAAUGUACCCAUAGCUCGUUCAGGUUUGUUGCUGGGCCAGGUUGAGGCCGUGGAUGAAUAUACCAAUCGGCAUUCUUAAAAAUACGCCAUUGAGUCCCAGGAACAGUGCAGCAUAAACUGGGUUUAAACAGAAGCUUGGCUAGGUAGCUGAGAAAGAGAUUUUCUGUUUCAUCAGAACAAGUACUGUUUUAGUAAUAAUAAAACCAAACUGUUAAUACUGUUAAGCACUUACACUGCUAUAUGACACUAUACCAUUCACUUAAUGAUGCACAUUAAAGUAAUUCCUGAUGUACUGGUUUUACGUGGUGAUAUCAUAAGAGGUUCAUUAAGCACCCUGUGCUAAUCAUUUCCCUUUUGUCUCAGUCAGGAUUAUUUUGCUUGCUUCUCUUACGCCUUUAGUUGUUUAAACAAAGUUCUCUCUCUCCGUACCCAUCUGCUUUUCCAUCCUGACCUGAAUUUACCAUUUUAUAACCCUGCUGAUUCUGCUCUUCAUGAUCUUUCUGCAGUCUCCUUAUGCUCCAGGCUCUAGCCAUUUGUCAUAUUUAAUGAUAGGAUUGAAAUAGUACAUCUGUUACUUAAAUUCAGGCAGCUUUUGAGGAGAAAAGAUUUUCAGUUUCAUCUUAAGUAAUUUUUUCUUGUUCGCCUAGGCUCUUUUGUUACUGUUAUGCAUUUUUGAGUGCUACUUUGCUCUUUAUUUUUCACUCUGUGUGAGCAAGAUGGAGAGUGAAAUGUUCCACUUCCAGUAGUCUGCCUGGUGUUGUGAUGUUCAGGAUCAAAUCCCAUCCUGAGUGGUUCAGGUUGAGCAGGAAUAGAGUCUUCUACCUUUCUAACUGGAUCUAACACUGGGAGAGAACUACAUCCAUUGCGAGAGCUUACAGUUUAAAGAUGGAAGCUUCUUUAUGCCCAUAUCCAUAGAUAAUAUAAUGCUCAAAAGACAAGAUACUGCUUUGACCUGACAACUGUCUAUGGUACCUUUAACUUAUCUUUGAUUUUACCUUGCAGUCUGUACUGGAUACUUAAAUUGGAACAGAGAUCAAUAUUUCAUCUGAUAGCUUUUCCAGAGUCUGUCGAAGUUAGGAGCUGGUUUUGUGUCUUUGUAGAUAAACAUAUUUGCACUAAACUAAAUAUUCAAAGAUUUAAGUAUAGAAAAAAUACUCAAGUUACUUAAGUUAUGAUUUCUUUAAAAACAUCAUGUCUUUAUUUGCACCAUUGGUGGAUAUCUGAAACAAUGUGUUUUGGCAGGAGAAUGCUGCACUUUAUUUGAAACAAUGGUAAGGCUUCUGAAUAAAAAGAAUGUUAAAAACUGCUAAUACUGCUGAAUUCCUAGAAGCUUUGAAGGGAUUUCAGAAAACCCGAACUCUGACAGGUGUGGCUUAAUUGGGAAUUUUUUCCUUGAAGUAUUAGACUUAUAAAUCCUUGACCAUAUGUAAUUACUGCAGCAAAACAUGGGGACUGUGUGAACUGUUUGUCUAUCAGAAAUUUCUAACCUUUCAAAUUUAUACGUGGCAUUCAUUUCUUGGAGAAAGGCUUCUGAUUCUCUUAAACUUGAAGUGAUUUUCUGUUGCUAGUAAUUAUACUGAGUUUGAAACCCUGUGGCUACUUGUGGAAGCACUUCUCUCGCUCUGUGAAGUGAUAGUGACCUGUCUCACCCAUUUUAUGCUGCCACAGUAUCUUUGGGCCUCUCUAGACUGUAAAAACAAGCCAGUGACAGGGUUCUGGUAUCAAUCUGGCAACAGUGGCCAUCAGUCUCUCUCAGUUCCUCUUUCUCUUGGGAAUCUGUCACCAACCUAACUUUCAAAGUAAGUUGUCCCUGAGACUUGAACCAUCUGUACUUCUGAUCCAGGAACCAGCUGCUGUCCCUGGAAAACAAACUGGAGCUCAUCACAGGAGCAAGUUCUCUGUGGCCGUAGCCAUUAGCUGUGCUUUUGCAGAUGGUUUGUUUUCCUGCUGUGUGUGGGCAGAACGUUAAGCUGCAAGUCACUUCUUUCCCCAGGGAAGUAAUUGGAGCUUUUCUUUAACAGCAUUAGUACACGUUGCUGUUUCUAUGGCCAGAUAGCUGGGGAUGAACCCCUUAUGCUACCGAUGUGUCUGAACAAUGCCAGUGUGUAGUAAGGAAGUGAACUAGAAGUAAUUUGUCUGAGUCAGACUUUUGGAUACAUAAGUUACACUCCUUACCCUCCCCCAAUGCAUUGUGUGAGGAAUUGAGUCCCCAUUUGUGUUCCUUUUUUAUUAGCAUUAAAACGAAAAGAAAUGAAGAGACAGUUGGGAAACCACCUGCGAAUCGGCCAAAUGCUUAAGAAUCACAGAGAAACACCAUUUUUUCUCUCAACUCUGAUCUGUUUUGAUUUUUAAGAUGAGCAUGUUUUGUUUGUCUACGUCAGUUCUACUCUGUCUUGCUAUUACUUCCCAGGCACCUGGCUCUGUGAGAUGCUGAGUGCCUCUGAAGAGGAGCGUAGUAGUUCAAUGCUUAGCUCGGUUUGUGGAGGGAAAAAGUGGGCUUUCUGGAUAAAACCGGAGUGUUCAUUUUACAAUGAUUUUUCCUCCUUCAGACUUUGUCUCUUUUACAGAGGCAAUUUUAAAGUGUAAUGAGUCAAACUGAUCAAAAGCUUUCACCAGGGCUUGAACAGCAGACUGACUAUACUGAGCUAUUAAUCAUUUAUUUUAUGAGGGAAUAAAGCAAGCUCAGGGUUAUUUACUGAUGCUGCACGCUGUCCUGGCAUACCCACUGUGCUUGACAUCUCUUUGGAAUAUAGCUCUUAUAUUAGUGCUCUUCUUUAGGGUCACUGGAGACCAAUCUCCAGGACAAUUAUGUUAUUUAACAGAUGAAAAUUAAAUGGGUGCAUGAUAUUUGAUUUAGCUAAGGUUUUCUGUACUGUAUCUGGUCCUUCAAUAUUCAGCUAAGGGAGGGUACUUCUGAAAGAAAAAACUAUGCUUGUCCAGUUAGUGCUAUAGAGAAGUGUUUGCAGAUGUUGCAGCUGUAACUUGUGGACCUCUGUUCACAGGAUGACAGCGUACUCUGUCCUAGCCACUGUCUGUGUAUGGGCAAUACCUGCCUCUGUUCAGGGCUAGAUUGUCUGCCACAGUUAGAUCAGGCCAGAGAGGCUUGAGAAGGAUUGUGUCAGUGCUGUAAGACUCCUUGCCCCAGUAGAGCAGGUUGAGCUCUGCUUUUAACUGAGCAGAGUGAGUGUGAGAAAUGAGGGAACGAUCUCUGGCUGCUGGAGUAGCCCAGAACUGGGUGCCCAUAGGGAUCUGCCUCUGACUGCAGAGGAUCAUCCCUCUUGCACUCGGCCAAAGCUCAGCAGCCAGUUGGGAGCCUGUGUGGGUGACUGGUGCUAGUGGAGUAACCAAUAACCAGUGCAGAUACUCUCACAUAGGAGAAACUGUUAUGAUUCAAACUCUUUUCACUACAUCAGCACAAAUAUGACCUUUGGAUAAUAUCUUGAGUGGCAUGCUGUUUCCUAUUUGCCAGGUCCUGUUUGUCUUCCUGGAUCAUGCUAACCUGAGCAGAAUGUGUUGAGUUUUCUAAUGCUGGUUUUGAAAUACAGCAGAUAAGGAGAAGGGGGGGAAAAAAAAAAGAGGCGUAAUGCUAUGCAGCGUAACGUCUGUGUGCCACAGUUAAUAUUUAGGGGUGCUAAUCUUGAAUUUUCAACCUGUAUGUUCACACCAGAUUGCUGGGGGAGGUAACCCUUUUCUGUACUCUGGAGAAUUUUCAUCUGUCAUAUUUCCUUAUGAGACUAAUAAUGUGGAGGGGGAAAAGUAAGUUAAAUGCUCUGUAACCCAAGUAUUGCUACCUCUGCUUUUGGUCUCAGUGUCUGUACUUUUUGUUCAUAAUUGCUGUGUAAUGCAGGCUCUGAUUUUGCUGACAGCAUAGAAUACAGUGAAGAACAUAAACUCAGGUAACUUGUAGUUAUGCUGAUCAGAAUGCUCAUAGGAACAACUUGCUUUUUGGCUUAAAAAAAGGGGGAGCGAAAAGUGCGGAAGAGUGGGCAGUUUGUUGCCGAAAUAGCUCUAUCCGCUAUGAAUCAACUUCUGUAGCUGGUAUAGUACAUCAAUCCAGUGCGGGUUUCCUGCCAACCUCAUUUGAAGAUUAUUUCUGUAUAAUCAGUCUUUGGAUAUUACUGUGUUUUCUAUAAUAAAAAACAAUUUUCUGUCCUAA